GAUUGCGCCGUUUAAAUUUGAAACGUUUCAAACGGGAGGAAGUUAUAAACUUGCAACAACUGCUUGUUGGCCCCGCUCGUUAUCCGAGAAGAAAAAGGGUUUUGUGUUAAAUUUGAGCCUUUUGAAAAAGUAUGAGUUCUGUUGCGGUGAAGGAAAAUCAGGGAGUGUGUGCUGUAUGGAAGAACAGCAGUUCUGAAGACACUUGUGACAUUUUCUCUUUGGAUCAGCCUACCGGCAGGCCCUCAAUCCUGCGGCAGUCACAGGCUGACAACAUCAAGACUGCAAAUAAAGGAGCAAAGGUUUGUUUCCAAACUCCACGGCGAGACCCAGUCACAAAGAGGAUUAUGUCCCCAAGCCGCACCGGCAAGAUCACCAGCCAGGAGGACAGCACUAAUACACUGGAGACUCAAACAUCUAAUGACCAGGUGUUUAAUAGCACUUCUACCACCCCAAUCAACAUUCAGAGUCACAGUGUUACCUACCCUGAUGUAGACAUGCCUCUUCAGAGCAGAGGAGCCUACACACUUGACCUAGACAACCUAGAUGCCAUCAACCCUUUUCAGGAGUCCAAUAAAAUGGCGAAUUCCCCUUCUAAAUCGCUUUUGGAGAAUUCCCCACAGAAAUCUCUAUUGGCAAAUUCCCAUCCUAAAUCUUCCGUUUUACCUGUGACUUCUGACCUUAUAGAGUCGGAUGCAACUGCAGCCCCUGUUUCUGCACCUGAGGAUGACAAGAAGGUUCCAGAGGUGAUGGAGACCGCACUUGAUGAGACUCUUCCUUUUGUCCCAUCAGUGGAGAAUUCCCUUGCAGAUUGUUCUGCUGACAUAUCUUCAGCAGAGGCCACUGUCAUCAUCAUCAAGAAUGAGAACAUUGAGAAGAUCGCCACAGACACUGAGGAUUCUGAUAUUAUGGAGUCAGUGAAAGCAUCUCCGCAGAUUCCUGUUAUGGAAGACCAACCAGAGGCCCAAGAAUUGCCACUACCCCCUGCGGGAUCAUACAACUUAGACUUUGACAACGUCGAUUUGCUCAACCCAUUCCAAACUGGUGGCUCAAAGAUCCUAAACUCUCCUGUGCUUGGCAAGGCAUUAGCUGUUCCCAAUCCAUUCCUGCCAAGCCAAGAAGUCAAGUGGGAACCGGAGAUCUCCGUCCAGGCCCCUCUAACAGCCCCAGAUGCCCCCACGCCAUCUCAGAAGAAUUCCACCAUCACUGAGGGCUCCUCAUCUGCAGCGCCCCAUAAAGAGAACCAGAUGCUACUGGAGUUUAAUUUUGAUGAUGGUGCUGAAGUAAAGCGCAAACCUCCUCCAAAACGACUUGGGGUUAAGAGACCUGCAGGACCCAAACCUGUUGCCAAAAAACUUGACGCACCAGUGACAGAGAAGAAAGAAUCACAUACCAAGCAGGUUUCCCCUACGAACCCUGAGGAGACAGAACCUGUGGACGUUCCUCCUGUUAAAGGUUCUUAUGCCUUUGAUUUUGACAAGUUUGAUGACCCAGACUUUAACCCCUUCGGCACAAAGGCUAAGAUGGGGAACUCCCCACCACGUGCCGUCCAGACCAGCCCGGUUUUGACAAAGACGGCAGCCAUUCCAUUUCAGCAGCAUGAGGCCCCUGCACAGGAUGAACAGCCUGUGUGCCGGUCUCCCCAGGCUGCUUCUAAAACUGAUGAAAAAAUGGCAGAAACUGAGCUCGCUGCUAUCAUGCAGCAAACUGAAGAUGUGGGGUCAUUUGCUACCUCCCACAAUAACAUACCCCAUAGCCCAGCCCCUCAGGAGCCAGAAGGCACAGCAACCCCAGAACCCAGGCCAGACCUUCAGAACCAGACCUGUGACUUUGGUGUGGCAACACCAAGUGAAGAUGAGUUUGUGCAUGGUGCAUUGUUCAUGCCAGGAGGAGAUUUUGAUGGGCAGAUUGAUUACUUGGAGCAGUUUGGAUCAAGCACUUUCAAGGAGUCAGCCUUGCGGAAACAGUCACUGUAUUUGAAGUUUGACCCGCUGCUGAAAGACAGUCCAAAGAAAAUCGAAUUGGAGAGUGGUAACUCUGGAUUCAGCCUGCCACGCCCUUCCCUUGCCAUCAGAAUGAUGGAGGCUGCAAAAUCUGAGGGAAAGCGGAAGUCUCAGUGUGACGGUAUGAAGCUGCUAGAUGAUCUGCCUCCACCAGCAGUGGAGACUGUGGUGCCAGAUCCAACUGUUCUGGACUUACUAGUUCCCACCUUUAAACAGCCCUUGAAGACAGAGGACUCAAUCAUAGAGGUUCUGAAGUACAGUCAGAAAGACAUGGAUGCUGCACUUCAGAAAGCAGACAGACAGGCAGAGGAGCGGCAACAAGAGCUGCAGGCCCAGAUUGAAGCAGUGCGUCUGGAGAAUCAGCACAUGUUGUUUAUAGUGUCAGAGUUUGAAGCCACCAUCACUCAGAUCACAGAUGAGCAUAAACAGAAGGAAGAUUUGGCUAAAACUGAGUUGGAACGAGUCCUUCAGGAAAAAGAUCAGCUGGCCAAAGACUUGAAUGAGUUGGAACGAUCUUUCUCCUCUGUUGUCAAACGCCUUGACAGAUGCAAGGAAGUUAUCGAGGGAUUCAAAAAGAAUGAGGAGACUCUGAAACAGUACGCUCAUAAUUGCAUGGACAGACUGCAGAAAGAAGAAAAGCGUUAUCAAGCUCUUAAAGCCCAUGCUGAGGAGAAACUAGAUCAAGCAAAUAAGGCAAUAGCAGAGGUGCGCACUAAGCAGGGCGCGGAGGUAGCAGCUCUUCAAGUGCAACUUAAGCGAGAACAGCUGAAAGUUCAGUCCCUAGAGAAGGAUCUGGAACAAAAGGCUAAAGAAGUUAAAGAUGUUACAGAACUCUGUGAUGAGCUGCUCCAUAAAGUACAGAAGCAUGGCUUUUAAUAUGUUUGCCUUUAUCUGUGUUGUUCGUUAUGUUUAUUUGUGUUCAUUAUAAGUAGUUUUAAUAAAUGGAGAAUGGAAGCACUGACUCGUCUUGAUUGUCAAUGCUUAAAACAUUUGUUAGGUGAUUGUCAUCACAAGGAGGUCAGGUUAAGGCAGCUGAUGAAUGACUACAAGUCCCCAUUUGUUGUUUUGUUUUUAUAGAAGAUUCAGUUGUGGCUUUUAGUAAUGUAACUUCUCAUCUAGUGCCAUUGUCAUAAUAGUGCCAAGUCAUAAUUUUAUUUUUUGCUCUCUCUUAAAGAGCACCUAUUAUUGUUUUUCAAAUAUUACCUUUCAUAUAGUGUGUUAUAUAGCUGUUUGUGAAUGUAAAAAAGUCUGCCAAGUUUCAAAAAUCAAAGUGCACAACAAAUGGAGUUACUGACUCCCAAAUGAAAGAACCGAUUCUGAACACCAGAAACGAGUCGUUAGAAAUUCCAGACUUACUUCCUGUACUAACCUAUGUAAUUUGGUAACAAAAAACCGGCCUCUGGUCUUCAUUGGAUGCUUGCUAACAGCUUUGACCAGCCAUCAAAAACUACACUAAGUAGACCAAUCACAACAGACUGGGACAUCUGACCAAUCAGAGCAGAGUAGGCUCUCUGAAAGGAGGAGUUUAGAAUGAAUCCUUUAGAACGGAUCAUUGAACGAGUCGUUUUUGACACUGGGGGAAAAAGAUAAUGCUGCAAUUUAAAUUAUGAGCAAAUUAAAGUGUUUUUUGACCUUGGAUGCAUGUAAAUCUAUUGUAUGAGACCUUUAAAACAAAAUUAGGCACGUUUAAAAACCAUAAUAGGUGCUCUUUAAUGACAGCCUCUGUAGUACUUGUCAUCUGACUGUUGAGGGUUCCCAUGGACAUGGCAAACCUGGAAAUAUCAUGGAAUUUUAAAUUGUUGGUUGAAAAAGUCAUGGAAAGGUCUAUAGUGAAUAUACAUUUUCCAGUUAUGCAUAGCUAAAAUACUUAAUUGGACAGAAAUGACUGUCUGUACAACCUCAAAUGAUAUAUGGAAAUGUAUAUAGUGAAUAUACUUUUUUUUUCUCUCUCUCUCUAUCUUUGCCUUGCUCUAAAAUAUUUCAUCUAGGCUAGAUUGCUCUUGUGUAGAGUAAAACUUGCAAGUCAUAUUGAUGACUGAUUUGUGAGCAAAUUGUAUUUCGAGUCUUUUAUUUAAAUUAGUUCACGAAUCAGUUUGAAUGAUUUGAAACCUAGUUGAAUCAGAAGUCAUUUCAAGGGGGAGAAAAUUCCUAGUAACCACACAUGACUGGAAAUUUAAUGGAAAUGUACUGAAAGCUACAAUUAUUUUAAAGUCAUUUUUUAGUUCUAGUCAUGAAUGACUAGAAAAAUCAUGGAAAUCUAAUGGUCAAAAUGAGUUCAUUUAUUACUUAGAGUAAAAUGACGAAAUGACAUCCAAGUUGCAUUAAGAAAAACUAAUUUUCCCUCCAGUGUGGACAGGAAUCAAACACAAGGGUAACAGUCCAUCAGAUGCCAGUAUUAGUGCCUUUUACGUUAGUUUUCUGUGGAAGGUAAAUUUGCUACAACAUUUUAAAUAGUGCACAUUCAGAACAGAUAAGGGAAGUAUGCAUUUGACAAUUACAGAAAGUUGCGAUAUCUUCACAUCUCUCUAGGGUUUUUAAAUAGCAUACAGUGUUGAUGAUAAUUGAUUGGCCAUUACUUUUUCCAAAAGUGUUUUUAAGCCUGUUAAUUCAGUUUGAGGAUUAUUAAAUAAACAUUCCAGAAAUGA